GCCUUUCCGCACGCCAAUUCCCACCAGUCCUUCUACCGUCCUCCCUCCCAACUCUCCAUCCACCGCAAACCCUCCACCGCGAGUCUCAACAGCAACUUCUUCGACGAUCUCGACGAUUCGUUACCGGAAUCCACCAUGCUCUCGCCCUCGGGCACGCCGGCAUCCCUCAUGUCUCCUCAAAUGUCCACGGUAUGGGACGACUUCACAACGUCGGGUCCGUUCUCCCACUCUCAAGAACGAAGCGACUCCGUCUCGACGAAUCCGUUCGGGCAGACCAACAAUCCCUUCCUUCGCCUCGAACCCGCUCAAGCCGCCAUGUAUGGCCAGCAGUCAGUAUGGACGCCUUUCGACCGAUCCGAUUCGUCCAGCACGCCCACGCCGGUCCAGAAGUACGAGCCCUUUGGAUCGGAGUUUGACUCGGGUGCCCAGCAUCAUCGUCCCCACGUCUUCCCCGUGCAUCCCCCCUCCAAUGAUUUCGGUGCCGUUCCAAUGCAGCAGCAACCAUCGCAGCAACCCCUUCCCAAUGUCCGUCCCAGCUCCAUAUUCCCCUCCGCCACCCCUCUCGCGCAGUCACCCACCACCGAGAAGCAAUGGAUGGCGUUACCCCCGUCGUCGAGCGUGCAGCCCGGCCCCGUCGAGGAACGCCCGGCCCCCAAGCGCAUGCGACCCAACUCCCCGCAGCGGACACUGUCGUACGCCACGUUCCCCCGCCCCGACGGCAUCCGGAAGAAGAACGCCCGGCUAGACAUCCCCGUGGAGCGGAACCUGACGAACAUCGAUCGCUUGAUCCACGAGUCGUCCAACGACGAAGAGAAGAAAGAGUUGAAAGCGCAGAAGCGCCUUUUGAGGAAUAGACAGGCCGCACUUGACUCCCGUCAGCGCAAAAAGAAACACACCGAGGAACUAGAGCUGGAGAAGAAGAGCUGGGACGAUCGCCUCCAGGUCCUCGAAGCCGAAGUCAACGCCCUCCGCAUCCAAUCUGGCGACCUCCACGCCGAAAAGGAUCAAUGGAUGCGCGAGCGCUGCGUUAUGGUCCAGCAGAUCGAGACCGCCCAGUGGGAGAAAGAGGAGCUGGUUCGCAGCCACACCCUCGAGACGGGCGACCUGCGCAAGAAAGUCAACUUCCUCCGCGAACAGCUCGACGCGACCGCCGCCGGCGGGAUAGGCGCGGGUAUGGGCGACGCCCCGCAGCCGAUGGCGACGGGCCAUCAUGUCGGCGCGUUUAACGAGUUCACCAACGAGAUGGACAACCUGACCAUGGCGAGUGAAUGGGACAACUACAUCUACGACUUCUGCGUCGACCCAGACACCCCCGCCACGCCGACUCCCGCCACCGUCGCUGUCGCCGCGUCCACGCCGACCCCCUCCUCUAAAUCCACUCCCACCAACUCAACCACCACCCUCGUCGUCUCCCGCCCCAAACUCCCCACCCCCCCCAUCGCCUCCGACGACAAACCCGUCAACCACGGCGUCCUCCUCAUGCUCCUCCUCUGGGGCGCCUUCGUCGCCCACCACUCCACCUCCUCCUCCCCCCCUUCCCUUCCCCGCCUCCCCGACCACGUCCGCGCUGCCUCCGCCACCGUCCUCGACUCCAUCCUCAACGACGACCUCCCUCACCCCGCCGCCCUCACCGUCAACCCCGCCUCCACCUGGCCCAAACCCGCGUCCGGCCUCACCGACCACAUCAUGGGCAACACCGGCUUGGGCGGCAUCGGCGGCGGCGACAAUCCCCCCAUGGAGCGCCUGCACGCGUCGCUCACGCAACCCACCAAAGCGCAGGAAGCCGAGCAGUUGUUCUCGCUUACGCCGACGCAGUACAGCGCAUUGACGGAUCCGUCCUGCGGGCGCGCGUCUUCCAUCUCCUCUUCUGAGGAUACUACCGCGGGGAAAUCCGGGGGAGCGAAUCGGAGGAAUCUGGCGGAGGCGCUGGCGGCGAUGCGGGAGCGGAGGGGGGAGUCGGCGGCGGAGGUGUAUACGCGGAGUUUGCUGUGGGGGCAGAUUCCGGGGGAGGUGGUGAGGGAGUUUAAGCGGAUGGUGGGGGAG